UCACCAACAACGUCAGAGCAGGAUCGAUUUUCGCCAUCGGUUGUUUCCCACUUUUGAGAUGCGGCGAAGUUGAUUGAAAUUCAAUACUUUUUUCCCGGCUGAUGACGACGGCUGGAUUAGAUCUCAUCGACCGUCACCCACCGAACGACAACAGGAGCGGAUACGAGAGUGUACAAAACCUAGAGGAGGAAGGACCCAACGUACUCCACAUACGUGGAAAUCAGCAGGCUUUAGGCAGGCUUGCUGAGAGGAAAGCACUCACCACUCUACCACCGCAAAUGUAGAAGUUCAACCAUGGGUCGAAGGAGAUAUGCAGUCAAAACAGAGAAGAGUGGAGAACUCAUAGUCACAGUUCAGGGCGACCUAUCCCAGCAGGAAAAACGCGCCGUCUUCCUCACCGUUCACGACCUGGGAUGCAACCACACAUCCUUCGAGGACUUUGUAAACAGUGCGUGCAUGAUCGAGAUCAAAGAGCGUUCAUGUUUCAUUCAUAUUGAUGUUCCUGGACACGCUGAUAAUGCUCCCACUCUGCCGGAAAACUUCCAAUUCCCAACGCUGCAGACGCUGGGUGAGGAACUGAUCACCGUGCUGGACUUUUUGCACGUCAAGUAUGUCAUCGGUCUCGGCGAAGGCGCUGGCGCCAACGUUCUGGCCCGAUUCGGAUUGGCCCAUCCCUCGCGCUGCCUUGGCCUAAUCCUGAUUAACGUCACCGGAUCGGCAGCCUCCGUACUGGACGCCUUCAAGACUAAAUUCAUCAGCUGGAAGGGAGACGAAAUCGGCCAGUCCGCCGAGGAUUUCCUGCUGUACCACAAAUUUGGUUACCAACUGGUUGGCGACAAUCCGGACAAGGAGAAAAUUGUGACCGAGUUCCAGAGCCGACUGCACAGCUCGCUGAACAACAAGAACCUUAAGCAAUACGUUAAAGCAUUUACAAGCCGCGAGAAUCUGUGCUUGAAGAACUGCAAAGUCGACCUUCUGCUGGUCACCGGAGUUAUGAGCCCAUACGCUGGCGUCGUCGAGAAGAUGUUUAAGGACUUGAACAAGGAGAAGGUUACACUGCUGAAGGUCGAGCGUGCUGGCGACGUUCUCGCAGAUGCCCCCGCUAAAGUGGCCCAGUCCAUUUUGCUGUUCUGCAAAGGUCAAGGUUUGCUAACCUCGGUGGUCUUGCCCGGUGUGGACCGCAACAGGGCGUUCUCAACCAGCUCGGGCGGUUCCAGCGAUGGUACUCCGGGUGGACGACGCCUUUCGCGUGGAAUGUCCAUGGAGGAUUACGACAAGCCUAACAUCAGACGGCUCAGCAUCACCAUCAAUGAGCAGCUACCGCCAAUCAAGAAAUAAAUUGGGAAAUUGGUUGGACCCGUAGCGAUUAUUUCUAUCUUUAUGACUAACAUAUUUUAUCGAACAUGAGGAAACAGAUGGACGGAUUAUGGUAAAGAUUCACAACAUGCAAAUUACAUACCCAAAUGCAGGUAAAAGCCACAAACAACACUCUGAUAUCAAUUUUUAUAGAUGUACGUAUUUUUUAUUAUACUGGUACAACAAGUAACAACAAUGAAGUAAGACGUAGCAACAGUUCAUAUAACCAAACAAACAACAAACAUCUAGUUCAGAAAUAGUAACAUUAAAGGAACAACUUGUAAACCGACUAUUCUAAAACUAAGCAAGAUAACAUAAAUUAUACAACACAAAUUGAAAUUGAAUUCCAGAACAACUUUUGUAAUCACUCAUUGUCAUUUCUCCCGGAAAAAUAAACAAAUCAAGAGUCUACCAGGAAAAGGAACACAAACUAAACGCAGUCAGAAACUGAUCCCACGAAGCCCAAAACAUGAGAAUGGAAACUUUACUUGAUAAGGAUUUAUUUUUUGAUUUUCAGAGCCUAUAUACAUCUUCUUAUACCGAACUAUUGAUGAAAAAGAGUAACAUAAAUAAAUUAAAUACCAUAAAAAUCUAGAGUUUAAAUCGUAGGAUCGUUAGCAGCUAUACACUCAUUAAAAUGAUAACAAAGCUAAGAAAUUAUACCUAUAUUUAGCAAGUAAGCAACGGAAAACAAACAAAACCCAAAAGUCAACUAAUGAAACACAAACCAAACUCAGAAAACAAUUUUCCCGAGCUAAAAAGAUGCUAAGCGCAAACGAUCAAGUACUAUAUACAGGCAUAAAUUGAUAAAUGCAGUUGUGGCUUCAAUAUUGGAAACAAUUAAAUCCAACAAUCGGUAAUUAAAAUUGGUAGAAAAUUUAAACACACCUGAACUAUUGUAUUGCACCAUGCUAAAAACGAAAAUUCAUACUUCAAAAACAAACUAAAUGAUUGAAAAGCUAAAAUUGUUGUUGCGUUGUUGCGCUCGCCAACACGAGUGAAAUGAAUAUUGAAACCAUUUUUAUUAUUAGUUUUCAUCGGUUCGUUAAACUGUCUCGUAGAGUAGUUUCAAAGAGAAUAAUAAACUUAUUUAAACGGUAUUACUAUAGUGAAAA